AUGUCAUUACUAUGCAACAGUAUUAUAAAAGAUAAGCAAGUAUUAACAAAAAAUGGUUUAGAAAUGUUAUUACUUCCUGAACAUAAAUUAUUAUAUGAAAAGUUAAAAGGAAAAUAUCUAACUCGUAACUUGCACAGUAUGUAUUAAAAACUCAUUAUUUAAUAUGCUUCCGAUGAAAAUAAAUAUUGAAUGAUCUUUUUUGUAUAACAUUUAUUUUUAUAUAGCUACAAUAAUGUCGAAUGAUAUCAAUGACUCAAACAACUCCAACAAUCGUUUAUUAUAUGUUGAUAUAAUAACCGAUCAAUCACCAAACUGUCAAAUACAUCGUAUUAUAAAAAUUCAUUCUUUUCUAUUCAUGUAAUAUGCAUUUGUUUUUUUUAAAAGAAAAUGCAUCUGUAUCUAUUGAUCAUAAUGUUCUUGAAUUUCGUAAUUUUUCAAAUCACUUAUGCACACAAUCAUAUGUUAAUAAUAAUAUUAAUCAACUUUCUAAUACAUCACUUUGUAAUAGUAGUAAUAUAUCGUCAUUAAUAAGUAUUGCUCUUUUACAUGCCAUCCUUAAUAAAUACUAGAAUGAAUAUAAUGAAAUAACUAUUUUUAGACUGUUCAAACUUAAAUACCAAUCAACCAAAUUCAAAUAAUGACACAGUGCUAACGAUUGGAAUAAAUAAUAAACCAUUUUCGAAUAAUAAUAUAAAUUACCUACAUCUAUGCAAAUCGAUAUUUUUUGUGCAAGGAAUGGUAAUAUUGAUCUUUUAUAACAUAAUAUCAAAACAUGAGUUAUAUUUUAGAAAAUGUAUCUAGUGAAAUUCUUGAAAAUAAUACCACUGUUAGAAUGUUUGAUGGUAUUCUAUUAAAAAUUUUGUAAAUUUUUCUAUAUGAAACUGCUUCUAAUUAUAUAUGUAUUAGAAUCAACUGAUAAUUUAUUGAAUUCACAACAACUUUUCAAGUCUAUGCCCGAUAUUGUAGAUAAUUGAACACACUUAAUUCUUAGCACAAUACCAAUCUCAAGUGGAAAUCAUCAUGCAGGCAAUCAAGCAUCAAAUAUCCAUAUAGAACAUUCAUAUUCUGAAUCUAACGAAAUCAAAACAAAUACAAUAAUCAAUACGACUCAUUUACCAUCUAGUGAAGGGUGUGGGUGUGGAUGGGUGUGGGGUGUGGGUGUGGGUGUGUGAGUGUGGGUGGGGGUGGAUGGGAGUGAGUGUGAGGGGGGGUGUCGGGGUGGCUGCCGGGGGCGGGGGCGGGGCAGGGG